GCCGUUACUACUGCCACCCCCUCUGCCCCUCUCUCGUGAGAGAGAGAGAGAGAGAGAGAGAGGGGCUCCUCGCCGCCCUCGCGCCUCCGCCCACAGCUCACGCCGAGCGUCACCUCGUCGAUACUACCUUCCAUUCUCGCCGCACUUCCCCCACACGGCACCUGAGCCCCCCACGGCGGUACAAAUACCGGCCUCCACUAGCCGCUCCCCAAACCCACCAAACCCUAGCCCACUCGGAGGCGGCGGCUCUAGGGGUGGAGGGAGAGCUUGGAGGAGGCAGCGAGGGAGUGGCGCUGCUAGCUCGCUCGCUGGGUUUUGAUCCCGUCGCGUGUCGAGCUGAGGAGGCGGCGCGAUGAGCAGUCUCGUGGAGCGGCUGCGCGUGCGGUCGGAGAGGCGGCCGCUGUACACGCUUGACGAGUCCGACGACGACCUCCCGCCGCGCGGCGGGGCCGGGAAGGGGAAAGAUCGGCAGGACGACGCGCCUGCCGAGCGGAUCGAGCGCGAGGAUGCGAAAGAAGAAGCUUGCCAGCGAUGCGGAAAAAGUGAUAACCUUGUCUCUUGUUCAACAUGCACGUACGCAUUUCACAGAAAAUGCUUGGUUCCUUGCUUAAACAUUGCAUCUGAUAAAUGGAGCUGCCCGGAAUGUGUAAGUCCAUUGACAGAGAUGGAGAAGAUUCUAGAUUGUGAAAUGCGGGAUGCCCCUCAUGAAGAUACUAGUUCCUCAGAGCCUGAACCAAAGAAGAUCAAGCAAUACCUUAUAAAGUGGAAAGGAUUAUCACACAUUCACUGCUCUUGGGUUUCAGAAAAGGAAUAUUUAGAAGCUGCCAAGAUACACCCUCGGUUGAAAACUAGAUUGAAUAACUUCCGUAAGCAAAUGGAUUCUGUGGAGAAAUCUGAUGAUGACUUUAUUGCAAUUAGACCGGAGUGGACAACUGUUGACAGGAUCCUUUCAAGCAGAAAAACUUCCACUGGCGAGCGGGAGUACUAUGUGAAAUGGAAGGAACUUACAUAUGAAGAAUGUACUUGGGAAAAUGAGUCCGACAUCUCAGCAUUCCAACCUCAGAUCGAACGCUUUAAUGAGAUCCAGUCCAGACGUAAGAAAUCUGGUGGCAAGCCCACUCGCGAGUCACGCCAUUUCAAGGAGAGCCCUACAUUUCUUUCUGGUGGCACACUACAUCCCUAUCAGCUUGAAGGAUUAAAUUUCUUACGCUAUUCGUGGUAUCAUGACAAACGAGUAAUCCUUGGUGAUGAGAUGGGUCUUGGGAAAACGAUACAGAGCAUUGCUUUUCUGGCCUCCCUGUUCGAAGACAAGUUUGGUCCGCAUCUGGUUGUUGCCCCCCUCUCAACCCUACGAAAUUGGGAGCGUGAAUUUGCAACUUGGGCACCUCAAAUGAAUGUUGUAAUGUAUUUUGGAGCUGCUGCUUCUCGGGAAAUUAUUAAGAAGUAUGAGUUUUACUACCCCAAAGAGAAACCAAAGAAGCUUAAGAAAAAGAAACCAUCUCCAUCUAAUGAAGAAAAGAAGCAGUCAAGGAUAAAGUUUGAUGUCUUAUUGACAUCUUAUGAGAUGAUCAACAUGGACUCGGCAGUUCUAAAAAACAUAGAAUGGGAAUGCUUGGUUGUGGAUGAGGGGCAUCGGUUGAAAAACAAAGAUUCCAAGUUGUUUGGUCAACUUAAAGAAUAUAACACCAAACAUCGUGUGCUAUUAACAGGGACCCCGGUUCAGAAUAACCUUGAUGAGCUUUUCAUGCUUAUGCACUUCCUUGAGGGUGAAAGUUUUGGGAGUAUAGCUGAGCUCCAAGAAGAGUUCAAGGAUAUAAACCAAGACAAGCAAAUUGAGAAGCUUCAUGGAAUGCUGAAGCCACAUCUUCUUCGAAGAUUCAAGAAAGAUGUUAUGAAAGAGCUUCCUCCAAAAAAGGAAUUGAUUUUACGAGUUGAACUGACGAGCAAACAAAAGGAGUACUAUAAGGCAAUUCUCACCAAGAAUUAUGAAGUGUUAGCCCGUCGUAACGGUGGACAAAUCUCCCUAAUAAACGUUGUAAUGGAGCUGCGCAAACUCUGUUGCCAUGGAUUCAUGACAGAUGAACCUGAUUCUGAACCUGCCAAUCCAGAAGAAGGUCUAAGGAGGCUUUUAGAUUCGUCAGGUAAGAUGCAGCUUCUGGACAAGAUGAUGGUGAAACUGAAAGAGCAGGGUCAUAGAGUUCUAAUUUAUUCACAGUUCCAGCAUAUGUUGGACUUACUGGAGGAUUAUUUAAGUUACAGGAAAUGGAGCUACGAGCGUAUUGAUGGCAAGAUAGGUGGUGCUGAAAGGCAGAUACGAAUAGACCGCUUCAAUGCUAAGACUUCGACUAGGUUUUGCUUUCUUCUUUCUACCAGAGCUGGUGGUCUGGGAAUAAAUUUGGCAACUGCAGAUACUGUAAUUAUCUACGACAGCGAUUGGAAUCCUCAUGCGGAUUUACAAGCUAUGGCGCGAGCUCAUCGCUUAGGACAGACUAGCAAGGUCAUGAUAUACAGGCUUGUUAGCCGAGGUACAAUUGAGGAGCGAAUGAUGCAGCUUACAAAAAAAAAGAUGAUAUUGGAGCACUUAGUUGUUGGUCGACUCACAAAAGCUAAUAAUGUCAAUCAGGAGGAGCUAGAUGAUAUUAUACGCUAUGGAUCAAAGGAGCUUUUUGAGGAUGAGAAUGAUGAAUCUCGCCAAAUUCAUUAUGAUGACGCUGCAAUUGAGAAGUUGUUAGAUCGUAAGCAAGUUGAUGAUGAAGAAUCUGUGGAAGAUGACGAAGAUGAUGAAUUCUUAAAAGGAUUCAAGGUUGCGAACUUUGAAUAUAUUGAUGAGGCAAAGGCUCUGGCAGAAAAAGAGGAGGCACGGAGAAAGGCUGCAGCUGAAGCUGCAAACUCUGAAAGAGCAAACUAUUGGGAUGAACUAUUGAAGGAUAGAUACGAUGUACAGAAAGUUGAAGAACAUACCGCUAUGGGAAAAGGGAAAAGAAGCCGUAAACAGAUGGCUGCUGCUGAUGAGGAUGACAUUCAUGACUUAAGCUCUGAGGAUGAGGAUUACUCGUUUGAGGACGAUGUGUCAGAUAAUGACACAAAUUUGCAAGGAAAUGUUUCUGGGAGGAGGGGCCAAUAUUCUAAGAGAAAAUCACGUAAUGUUGAUUCGAUUCCAUUGAUGGAGGGCGAAGGACGUACGUUGAGAGUUCUUGGAUUCAACCAUGCUCAACGUGCACUGUUCCUACAGACACUCAAUAGAUACGGUUUUCAGAACUAUGACUGGAAAGAGUAUCUUCCUCGUCUGAAAGGAAAAAGUGUUGACGAAAUUCAGAGAUAUGCUGAACUUGUCAUGGCCCAUCUUGUUGAAGACAUUAACGAUUCAGACUAUUUUUCAGAUGGCGUUCCAAAGGAAGGGAUGCGUGUUGAUGAUGUGUUGGUCAGGAUAGCAAACAUAUCCCUUAUCGAGGAGAAGGUGGCUGCCAUGGGACAAGGAAAAAAUACAAACCUCUUUCCUAAUUACUUGCUCUGUGAGUUCCAAGGCUUAUCUGGUGGAAGAAUAUGGAAAACGGAACAUGACUUACUGUUACUGAAAGGGAUACUAAAGCAUGGAUACGCGAGGUGGCAGUAUAUAUCAGAUGACAGAGAUAAUGGGCUUUUUGAGGCUGCACGACGAGAGCUGAAUCUCCCUUCCAUAAAUGAAAUAAUCGGUGCUCAAUUAAACAAUGUGGAAAAUGGAAAUCUGGAAGGCGCACAGGAAGGUGAGGUGAAUACUGCAGGUGCCCAUUACAAGGAGAUCCAGAGAAAGAUAGUUGAGUUCUUGAGAAAGAGAUAUCAUAUCCUGGAGAGAUGCUUGGAUCUGGAAUAUGCUGUGAUAAAGUCAAAUACUCCUGUUCCUGAUGAUAUUGCCGAACAAGGUAUUCCAGCGGGACAUGCUCCAGCUGUUCGAGAUAUCAACGAAUUAUUGGUGGAAUUGCAAGAACUGCAAAAUCUUGAGCCAAUUCCUACCAAUGAAGUGGCUCCCGAUGGCACCGGCGGUCAGUCACAAGUUCCCUAUCUUUACAAUAAGAUGUGUGGCGUGCUUGAAGACAGCGGUGCUUCUGCGCUCAAUUCGUUCUUUGGUGUCAAGUCCGCGUCUUCCAGUUUGGCCAAUAGCCUUCAUCAGUUUGAAACUUUGUGCGAGGGUGUCGUUCAGGCCCUGCAACCCCAACAGAAUGGCACUGCCAGUGCCAUCAAAGAGGAAGCGGUGGAUGCGAACUCCAAAGAAGCCGCUGCUGCACCUCCGCAAGAUUCAGGCCCUGAGGCAGCGAAUGGCGAGCUUUCGACUGCCAAGCCGGACAUGAUGGAAAUCGACGGUUGACGUGUAGGUAGGUUGCAGAGCGAUAGGAAAGGGAACUCCCGUUAAUUUACUUUUUUACUGGUGAUCAGAAUCUACCAUAUAUUGUAACAUCAAAGUAAACCUGAUGCUUGUUACUGCUAAUGCUUACCAAUGUACCGUUCUGCUAAGUACUAAGUUAUCUGGUUUAGAAAAC